AUGAGCUCCAACGACAACCAAUGGGUAGAUAACGGCGAUGAGGAAGCAGACUACCAAGUCAUCGCAGAAGGCAUCGCUUCGACUGUUUUACGAACACUAGCUACAUUCGACGAUGGUGAACCUCAAUUGGUGGUUGUGAAAACCUCGACUACUAUUAAGAAAUUCGCAAAGGAACCUCACGAUAUCGUCAAGGAAGCCAGAAUUUUGAAGGAUCUCAAGCACAGAAAUGUCGUCACGAUUCUAGAUGUCGACAACGAUAUCAAAGAAGGUUCCCUCAGCAUCUGGAUGUACUAUAUCUCCUUCUCCUUGGGUCAACUACUCGAUUCCCCUCGUCUCGUGCCCUCAGUCUACCCCCCAAAUUCCACGUCGAGCGAAACCUACUGUCGGACACGAUUCGAAGUCGUCUCUCGAAGUAUCAUGCGCCAGCUUUUCAGUGCCAUAACAUACAUUCACGACCAGAACGUCGCUCACCGGGACAUCAAACCAAGUAACGUCUUGUUCACUAAGACGGGGUGUGUUUACCUUAUCGAUUUUGGGAUUGCAUGGAGGGAGGGAGAGACUGAGAACGAUAAGAAGGCGGAUUUGUGGCCCGAAUAUCGUGAUGAUGGAAAGGGAAUGUACUUUGAGGUUUCGACUGGACCCUAUCGAGCACCAGAACUAAUUUUCGGCACCCGCUCCUACAACCCCUUCGCUAUCGAUAGAUGGAGUCUCGGCUGUACACUUGCAGAAUUCUUCACCCCUCUUACUCGAGACGACAACGAUGACGACGAAAGAGACUACUCCUAUUCCUCAUUCCGGAGCACCUCCUCUUGCACUGGUUACCUCCGAAAAUCCCUCUUCGACGGUACCAGAGGCGAAAUCGGCCUCGCAUGGAGCAUCUUUAAACUUCUGGGUACACCCAACGAGACAACCUGGCCCGGGUUUAAGGACCUUCCGGACGCAGAGAGAGUCGAGUUUGCUGUUGCUGAACCACAGCCUUUGACUUCGUCACUGCCAAUGUCCGUUCCUAGUGUGGUCGACAUCAUUAAACGGCUAUUGUCAUAUCCCCCAGAACAGAGGCUGGAGGCAAAGCUGGCUUUAGAGCAUCAAUGGUUUGGCCAGUUUCCGACUCUCGUUCCUGAAGAUUAUCCGUUGGACCCGGGAGAAGACGAUCGAAUAGUGGUAAUAGAGGAUGUAAGACGUACUCUUGGACAACUGUUGGCCGACAUGUGUACUGAGGGAGGAUGA